CACGUCACGGAGUGCAGGGUUUUGUAUUUGUACGCUUGUGAAGGCGGAGACUUUAAGGACGGAAGAAGGGAGAGAAUAGCGUACAGAAUGCAAUUUCAACGUGCAGAACGAUGGAUGUAGUGCUGUCAGUGCGUAGAACUCGGCGUUCAAAAGUAGACAGCAUACUUUGUGCAGAAGACAGUGUCCAUCAUCAAAGAGGCAUGCGCAUCUGUUUGUGAGUGCUUUUUUUCUGUAAAUCCAUUCAUACAGUGAGACUAACACGGCACUGAAAAGGGAUGAGUCCUCUUCGACUCUGUGGAUGCGCCCCAAUCGUGUCCAAUGGAUAUCCCAGUGAGCGUUACCCUGCUCUCCAACACCAAUAUGACCGCUCUGGACAACAUUUCGCGUUCAGGUCUGAUUUUAGAAACAGUUUCGCUGAGCCCAGUUUUAAAAAGUCUGGCUACACAAGCCACAGUUGGGAAUCAUACGCAAAAUACACUAGUAAAGAGAUCGGAGGGGAAUUCGGUGUUCCAGGGCAUCGCCGUGGCCGCUCAAGCGCUAUUGCUUUUGGCCAUUUUCCUGUUGUCGAGUUUGGGUAAUUCGGCUGUUGUGAUUGUAAUAAUUAAACACAGACAGCUGAGAACCGUAACGAAUGCGUUCAUUAUGUCCCUCUCCCUUUCCGAUUUCCUGACGGCCAUUCUUUGUUUGCCAUUUUCUUUUAUGAUGUUGUUCAGUAAAGAUGGCAUGUGGAUGUUUGGAGAUCGCUUUUGCAUCGCCAACGGAUUUUUCAACAGUUGUUUUGGUAUUAUCUCAACCCUGACGAUGACUUUAAUUUCUUUUGAUCGAUAUUAUGCUAUUGUGAGGCAGCCGCAAGAGAAGAUCGGGAGAAAAAAGGCGAUUCAGCUGUUGGUAGCGGUCUGGUUAUCGGCGGUAUUUUUCUCCUUUCCGUGGUACCUGGUGUUACGGACUUCUGAACGUCUGGCUGUGCACAAACGAGGCUUUUAUCACUGUAUGUACGUCUUUCACUCUGGAACCUCCAGAAUGGGAACGACGUACAGCAUAACUUUAAUAGUUGUGUGUUACCUUCUUCCAUUCGCACUCAUGUGUUUCUGUCAUUACAACAUCUGUAAAACGGUCAGGCUGUCGGAGAUCAGGGUGCGGCCGGUGACCACUUACGCACACCUGCUCCGGUUUUACAGUGAAAUGAGGACAGCGACGACAGUGCUCAUCAUGAUAGUGUUCAUCAUCUUCUGCUGGGGCCCUUACUGUUUAAUGGGCAUAAUCACUGCGAUGGGAGAUUACUCCUUUAACCCAGCCAUGGACACAGUAGCCAUUUGGAUGGCAUGGGCCAACGGUGCCAUAAAUCCACUGAUUUACGCUAUAAGAAACCCAAACAUAUCGAUGCUCCUGGGCCGAAGCCGGGAGGAGGGCUACAGGACUAGAAACAUUGCUGCUUACCUGUCAACGCAGACUCAACGCAGUGAGGUUCGAACGCCCGCGGACCGAAUCAGGGACAGAUACGUGAGCCGCCACGGUGCCAGCAGUCGCUUGUCUUCCUCGAGCCCGGCCAACGGCGGAGAAGUAGCCAUGUGGGCCUGCAAAAACCCGGCCGUGUUUUUCUGCAGAGACGGCCAUUACGAUACGGUCACGGAGUCAGUGGUUCCGAAGGUAGAGACGGCCAACACCAGUUUGUAAUUUUAUUCAGCUUCAUUUCAGGAGAAUGUUCUAAAAUCCAUCCGUGUGAACACACGUUUUUAUCGGAUACGCAGUCAGACAUUAUUUGUUUUGUGCUUUGUUAGUGCCAGCAAGACAAGGGGCAUAGUGCAAAUGCGUUACAACACUAUGGACAAAGUAAAAGCAUAUAUUUGACUAUGACGCUUUAAUAUUAAUUUCCAAUCUAUUGAUAGUUGUCAUAAGCAAAUAUGUCUCCAUUGCACUAUGAAACCAAGCAGAAAGAGGUGAACUGUUUUCUGGUCCAUAUUCAGAGCAACCUGUUCAUCCCACAGUACAUUGGAAGAUGUUGCACUAAUUCCCAAAAUUCUACAGUUCAAAUCAUAUAUACACUUAAUAUCUCAAGUGUAAUAUUUAUCUCUCGGCCAUAUAUAGCUAUAUGCUAACGUCUGUAAUUGCCGAACUUUAAGAUGGUUUUGAAAUUAAAGUAAAUGUAGCAUCAUAAACUGAAGCAUUUAAGCAUCACGUAUUGUGUUCAAAUUUGUUUGAACCAAGUUUUUUCCUGUGUGACGGAACAAACCAAAGGUCAUUGUACUGAUAAUCAGUAAACUAAGUUCCUUAAGCACAGUAUCAUUUGUAACUCAUGACUGACCCCAUAAUUACAAAUUAUUAUUAUUUAGGCUAUAUUUAAAGACAGACUGCCACUGUGCUUAGAGUGUGAGCCGUAUGUUCUGUGCCUGUUUAUUACAAUAUAGCCUACAGUAUUCUAUUAUUGCUUUCCAUACAGGAAAUGUGAAUGCUCCUGCAGUAACACUGGCAUUUAAUACUGAAACGUUAAUUAUAACCACAAACAUUUUAAAACAAAGCUUCCUGAAUGUCACCCAGUACUAAAUCACAAGCAUUGUAUGUCUUUCAAAUGAUUUGCAAAAAAUAAAAAGUUGUAAUACAUGAGUUAAGGACUUAUUUAACAGUGACACUAAAUUCCCAAAUGACUACUUUUAAUACCUAAAUCACUUAACUUUGUCCAUUCUUACUGAUUCCUUGUGACUAAAAUGUCAGAGUAUUUUAUUUGUAACACAAAUUCAAUCACAAGUCAACGGAUACUGUAGGCUAUAAUGCAUGUU